AUGUUUCAGCGCCUGCGACUUAAUGUGCUGAGUUCAACAGCGGCACGUGCUGAAGUUCCGAUACUCACAUCGAGUGUAGCCUUAACGGAACAAAAGGCGGGUUUACGUAACUUGCAUCAAUAUCCUACAGCUCGACAUAAAAGUUUGGUGAAAGACCGUCGUCGCUUUGCAAGAAAUUGGUGGUUAACGGCUGGUAAUAAUUAUGAAUUGGUACAUGAAGUAGGACAUGAACGAGAGGCAACGGAAUGUCUAUCAGAAUACAGUCAAGAUUCAAAUAAUGAUGUUUAUCUUUUUUCCACCAAUAAACUCAGUGAUCUACCACCACGUGAUAGACUUAAUGCUAUAGUUGGUAUGAUGCGUUCUCGUUGGAAGGUAAAAGAUGGUAAUCGUGGUUAUGAUAAGGCAAAACUACUUCUUCAAGCGUUAGAGUGUUUUAGUGAAAUGCGUCUUUCUGGACAAAUUAAAAAUUUUGAUGAACUUUCAGAACCAGAUCAAGAUACUUUUCUACAAUACGUAGAAGGAUGUUCGAGAUUUGCUCAAGCAUGUUCUCAUUCUCAUCCAAAUGCUGUUGGAAUUGUUUUGCGAGCGGCUCAAAUAUGUGAAGAGAUACGGUGUACAGAGAAACGUGAUGAAAUGAUUCAUGUUGCUGAAGUUGUUGCGAAUCGUAUGGAUCGUGCUUACGCUUUUAAUAGACCAAAUGAUGUUUUAAAACCGAGACCACCGUCCUUAUCAGAUAAUGAAAGUAAAUUGUCGUUUAAAAAUUUUACGGAGCUUGAGAGACGUUUUAGAGAUAAAGCACCUCAUGUACUAGAGAAGAGAGAACGACCAGAAUUUAUUCGCAUUCACAGAGAUAAAAGACUUUACUUAAAUCCUAUGAAAGAAGGUAGUAGAGAGUUGGAGAUGUUACGAGCUCCUGCACGUCCUGAGGUUGAUCUGUCAACACCUACACCACUAUAA